GAAAAUACUAAACACGCUGAUCGAGUGAAAAAGGAGCUGAAAAUCGAGUAUUUCCAAGAAACAUAAGUCGCGACCAGCGGCCCUUCACGAUUGCAGCAGCCAGCGGUGCGACGAUGCCCAAGCUCUAUAACGGGGUCUACGGCGGCCAGUGCGGCGCCCUCUCGCCCCCCGACCUCAUGGAGGCCCAGCCCAAGAUCCUCCCCAAGCAGCGGAGCAACAGCAGCGGCAGCGGCACCACCUCCGGUCGGAACAGCAAGUAUUGGAUAUUCUCAAUGAUAAUCGAGCGCAGCGCGGGUCCCAAGCGCAUAGAAAUCGAUGGCGACGAUGCGGACACCCCGCUGGAGGCCAUCCUGCCAGCCGAACCGCCGGCGGAGGUCUGCCUCUUGCGUGACAGCCCCUUCAGGAUAUUGCGGGCGGCUGAGUCCGGGAACCUUGACGACUUCAAGCGUCUCUUCAUGGCGGACAACUCUCGGAUUGCCUUAAAGGAUGCCAAAGGACGAACAGCUGCUCAUCAGGCGGCUGCCCGCAAUCGGGUUAACAUUUUGCGGUACAUCCGCGACCAGAAUGGCGACUUUAACGCCAAGGAUAAUGCGGGAAAUACCCCGCUUCACAUUGCCGUCGAGAGCGACUCGUACGAGGCGCUCGACUACUUGUUGUCCAUUCCGGUGGAUACGGGAGUGCUCAACGAAAAGAAACAGGCUCCAGUGCACUUGGCCACGGAGCUAAACAAGGUGAAGUCCUUGAGAGUGAUGGGCCAGUACAGGAAUGUCAUCGACAUCCAACAGGGCGGCGAACACGGAAGGACCGCCUUGCAUUUGGCGGCCAUUUACGAUCACGAGGAGUGCGCUCGCAUCCUGAUAACUGAGUUCGAUGCAUGCCCCCGUAAGCCCUGUAACAAUGGUUAUUAUCCCAUACAUGAAGCGGCCAAGAAUGCCAGCUCCAAGACAAUGGAGGUCUUUUUCCAGUGGGGCGAGCAGCGCGGCUGCACCCGCGAGGAAAUGAUAUCCUUCUACGACUCCGAGGGCAACGUGCCACUCCACUCGGCGGUCCACGGAGGCGACAUCAAGGCGGUGGAGCUGUGCCUCAAGUCCGGGGCCAAGAUAUCCACACAGCAACACGAUCUGUCGACGCCAGUGCACCUGGCCUGUGCUCAGGGGGCCAUUGACAUUGUGAAGCUAAUGUUCGAAAUGCAACCGAUGGAAAAGCGACUGUGUCUCAGUUGCACGGACGUGCAGAAAAUGACACCUCUACAUUGCGCCUCAAUGUUCGAUCACCCGGAUAUUGUGUCCUAUUUGGUGGCAGAAGGAGCGGAUAUAAAUGCUCUGGACAAGGAGCACCGCUCUCCAUUGCUGUUGGCCGCAUCUCGAAGCGGUUGGAAAACAGUGCACCUCCUUAUACGCCUGGGGGCGUGCAUCAGUGUCAAGGACGCCGCUGCUCGAAACGUGCUGCACUUCGUCAUCAUGAACGGCGGAAGGUUGACGGACUUUGCGGAGCAGGUGGCCAACUGCCAGACGCAUGCGCAGCUGAAGCUGCUGCUCAACGAGAAGGACAGCAUGGGCUGCUCCCCACUGCACUACGCCAGUCGCGAUGGCCACAUCCGCUCGCUGGAGAACCUAAUCCGCUUGGGAGCCUGCAUCAAUCUGAAGAACAACAACAACGAGAGUCCGCUUCACUUUGCCGCCCGUUACGGAAGAUACAACACGGUUCGCCAACUUCUGGAUUCCGAGAAGGGGUCCUUCAUCAUAAACGAGAGCGAUGGUGCAGGCAUGACCCCGCUGCACAUAUCCUCGCAGCAAGGACACACCAGAGUGGUGCAACUGCUGCUCAAUCGAGGAGCCCUGCUCCAUCGGGAUCACACUGGACGCAAUCCCCUCCAGCUGGCGGCCAUGUCGGGAUACACUGAAACCAUUGAAUUGCUGCACUCGGUGCAUUCACAUCUGCUUGAUCAGGUGGAUAAGGAUGGGAACACCGCCUUACAUCUAGCCACAAUGGAAAACAAACCUCACGCAAUCUCCGUUUUGAUGUCCAUGGGCUGCAAGCUGCUCUACAACGUUCUGGACAUGAGUGCCAUCGACUAUGCCAUCUACUACAAGUAUCCCGAGGCAGCCUUGGCCAUGGUGACCCACGAGGAGCGGGCCAACGAGGUCAUGGCCCUGCGAUCGGAUAAGCAUCCCUGUGUGACUUUGGCUCUUAUUGCCUCCAUGCCCAAAGUAUUCGAGGCGGUUCAGGAUAAGUGCAUCACCAAGGCCAACUGCAAAAAGGACUCGAAGAGUUUCUACAUAAAAUAUUCGUUUUGGCCGUAUCAAAAGACACCCGAACAGAUUGAGGCCAAGCGCAAAGAGUUCAAUGACCCCAAGUGGCUACCCUCGCCUUUGGCCGUGGUGAACACAAUGGUCACCCAUGGCAGAGUGGAACUUCUGGCCCAUCCGCUUAGUCAGAAGUAUCUGCAGAUGAAGUGGAACUCGUAUGGGAAGUACUUUCACCUGGCCAACCUGCUGAUCUACUCGAUAUUUCUGGUCUUUGUGACCAUCUAUUCCUCGCUGAUGAUGAACAACAUAGAAUUAAAAGCUGGAGAUAAUAGAACCAUGAGUCAGUACUGCAAUAUGGGCUGGGAGCAGCUGACAAUGAAUCUUUCGCAGAAUCCUGCGGUGGCAUCCCAGAUUCGCUUGGAUUCCUGCCAGGAGCGCAUAAAUCGAACCACUGCGAUACUCUUCUGUGCAGUGGUCAUUGUGGUCUACAUACUGCUCAAUUCGUUGCGGGAACUCAUACAGAUUUACCAGCAGAAAGUGCACUAUAUCCUGGAGACAGUUAACCUUAUAUCCUGGGUUCUGUACAUCUCGGCUUUGGUGAUGGUGGCUCCGGCUUUUCAGCCGGAUGGUGGUAUCACCACAAUUCACUAUUCGGCUGCCUCGAUUGCCGUGUUUCUAUCCUGGUUCCGAUUGCUAUUGUUCCUCCAGAGAUUCGAUCAGGUGGGCAUCUAUGUGGUCAUGUUUCUCGAAAUCUUGCAGACGCUCAUCAAGGUGCUGAUGGUGUUCUCCAUACUGAUCAUUGCUUUCGGAUUGGCUUUCUACAUAUUACUUUCGAAGAUUAUUGACCCGCAACCGAACCACUUGUCCUUCUCCAAUAUACCCAUGUCCUUGCUAAGAACUUUCUCCAUGAUGCUGGGCGAGCUGGACUUUGUGGGCACCUAUGUGAAUACCUACUAUCGCGACCAGUUGAAGGUUCCCAUGACCUCCUUCUUGAUUCUGAGUGUCUUCAUGAUCCUCAUGCCCAUUCUACUGAUGAACCUGCUUAUCGGUUUGGCGGUUGGCGACAUUGAGUCAGUGCGUCGAAAUGCCCAACUGAAGAGGUUGGCCAUGCAGGUGGUGCUCCACACGGAGCUGGAGAGGAAGCUGCCGCACGUUUGGCUGCAGCGAGUGGACAAAAUGGAGCUCAUCGAGUACCCAAAUGAGACCAAGUGCAAGCUUGGCUUCUGCGAUUUCAUCCUGCGCAAGUGGUUCUCCAAUCCGUUCACUGAGGAUUCCUCCAUGGACGCCAUAUCCUUCGACAACAAUGACGACUAUAUCAAUGCGGAAUUGGAGCGACAAAGACGAAAACUACGCGACAUAAGCCGCAUGUUGGAGCAACAACACCAGCUGGUGCGGCUCAUUGUCCAGAAAAUGGAGAUAAAAACCGAAGCAGACGACGUGGAUGAGGGUAUAUCCCCCAACGAACUUCGAUCCGUGGUGGGACUAAGAUCGGCGGGCGGAAAUCGGUGGAAUUCCCCUAGAAUCCGGAAUAAACUACGAGCCGCCUUGAGCUUCAACAAGAGCAUGUAGAUCCUGCCGAUUGGCGGGACUCGCAUCUAUAACUAUAUCUGUGUGUUGUCCUCAGUAGAAAAAUGUAACUUACUUAUGCCACCAUAUUAUUUAUAUCACCUUUUGUGUGUGUCAAAUGUUGUCCCACAGUGACGUCGUGGAUCGUGUGUGUGCAUGUGCAAAUGGUAUCGUGUGAGGUCCUUAAAGGAAUUGUACAACGAAUUUAUAGGCAAGGAUCAUGGGCUGUUUUCGUAACUUGAACAAGCUGUGGCUUUCAACAAGAUCUAUUGUAGUUUUAAAUGCACUUUGCAAAAGUUAUUCAUUGUUAUUUGGAUGUCUUUUAAAAAGUAUAUAAAAUAAAAUUAUAUUACCC